GAAGUCGCAUCUUUCUGACGUCAUCUCGUACAUGUGACAAACCAUCAUGGAUGCCCUCUGACAGCUUUGGAAACUGUAAUGUCCUCGCUGUCCACAGAAGCUUCUCUCUCUGUUUGUGUCGUGAAUAUUUCAAAAUGAGGUAUUUGCUUUGUUUGGGCCGCUCCUUUUCCUGUCGCCAUGUCCGCUUUUGUCAUCAGAGUGUCUACAACAGACACUCGAGCCCACGAAGGAUCGGAGUGGAUCUUGGAGAGAAGAAACUGGAAAUCUCGUCAGGGAAAUUUGCUAGAUUUGCUGAUGGAUCCGCUGUAGCACAGCUGGGAGAAACCUCUGUGAUGGUGACCGCUGUGAGCAAGACCAAACCCACUUCUUCUCAAUUCAUGCCUCUUGUGGUGGAUUAUAGACAGAAAGCAGCUGCUGCAGGUCGCAUCCCCACUAAUUAUUUGAGGCGAGAGCUUGGUACCACUGACAAUGAAAUCCUCACCAGCAGACUAAUAGAUCGGUCCAUUCGACCACUUUUCCCACCUGGUUACUUUUACGACACUCAGGUUCUUUGUAACUUGCUUGCUGUUGAUGGUGUCAAUGAUCCAGAUGUGCUAGCUAUUAAUGCAGCCUCUGCAGCUCUGGCCCUGUCUGACAUCCCCUGGCAUGGACCCAUAGGUGCUGUGCGGGUUGGCAUCGUUAAUGGAGAAGUGCUCAUCAACCCCACUAGAGCAGAAAUGGCUUCCAGCACGUUAAACUUAAUCAUCGCUGGAGCUCCAAGCAGCCAAGUGGUGAUGAUUGAGGCGUCUGCUGAGAACGUGCUGCAGCAGGACUUCUGCCACGCGGUGAAGGUGGGAGUCAAACACACCCAGCUCAUCAUUCACGCCAUCCAGCAGCUGGCAAGAGAGCAGAAGGUCACCAAGCGCACGCCCAUCAAAAUGUUCUUCCCCCCAGCAGAGAUGGUGGAACGUGUUCAGAAGUUAGCCUCUGAAAAGAUCUAUGCUGUUUUCACUGAUUAUAGUCAUGAUAAGAUUUCAAGAGAUGAAGCCAUAAACAAAAUACGAUUGGAAACUGAAGAAGAUCUCAAAGAUGCGUUUCCUCAGGCGGAGCCCUUUGACGUCAUUGAAUCUUUUAACAUCGUGAGCAAAGAAAUCUUCCGUAAUUUGGUGCUGAAUGAGUACAGGAGAUGUGACGGGAGGGAACUGACCGCUUUAAGAACCAUCUCGUGUGAGGUUGAUCUGUUUAGGCCUCUGCAUGGCUCAGCUCUGUUUCAGAGAGGACAAACACAGGUGUUGUGCAGCGUCACCUUUGACUCCCUGGAGUCCAGCAUCAAAACAGAUAUUAUCACAACAGCUUUGAGUGGUGUCAAAGACAAAAACUUCAUGCUUCAUUAUGAAUUUCCUCCGUAUGCAACUAAUGAGAUCGGCAAAAUGGGAGGCCUGAACAGGAGAGAGCUUGGACACGGAGCUCUGGCUGAGAAGGCGCUGAGACCAGUCAUUCCCAAAGACUUCCCUUUCACUAUCCGAGUCACAUCUGAGGUGUUGGAGUCAAAUGGUUCAUCAUCAAUGGCCUCAGCCUGUGGAGGAAGCCUUGCCCUUAUGGAUGCAGGUGUUCCCAUCUCUUCCGCUGUGGCAGGUGUGGCCAUCGGCCUUAUUUCCAAAGCAAACCCACAGAAAUCUGCUGAGAUUGAGGACUACAGAAUACUGACGGAUAUUCUGGGAAUAGAGGAUUACCUUGGAGACAUGGACUUUAAAAUGGCAGGAACAAGCAAGGGGAUCACUGCUUUACAGGCUGAUGUGAAGAUUCCAGGUUUACCUUUGAAGGUGGUUAUGGAGGCAAUCCAGCAAGCAACGGUGGCCAAAAGGGAAAUCCUUGGAAUCAUGAACAAAUGCAUUGCAAAACCAAGAGAGAGCAGGAAAGAGAACGGACCAGUCGUUGAAAAUGUGCGGGUGCCUGCAUCUCGAAGAGCGCGCUUUGUCGGCCCAGGAGGAUAUAACCUACGCAAACUGCAAGCUCAGACAGGUGUCACUAUAAGUCAGGUGGAUGAAGAAACGUUCUCUGUGUUUGCUCCAACUCCUGGAGCUAUGAAUGAAGCCCAGGAGUUCAUUAGCGAUAUCUGCAAAGACGAUCAGGAGCAGCAGUUGGAGUUUGGUGCCGUCUACACUGCCACCAUCACAGAAAUAAGGGACAUUGGUGUGAUGGUUAAACUAUAUCCAAACAUGACGCCUGUCUUGCUGCACAACUCCCAGCUGGACCACAAACGGAUCAAGCAUCCAAGUGCUUUGGGUUUGGAUGUAGGACAGGAGAUACAGGUGAAGUAUUUUGGACGAGAUCCAACAGACGGCAGAAUGAGGCUUUCACGAAAGGUGUUGCAGUCUCCUGCCGCCACUGUCGUCAAGACGCUAAGUGAGAAACAGAGCAUUUCCAUGGGUUCAAACAUCAGCGAAAGAUCCGACUUGUGACAGAAUGGCACAGCGCAGAGUUUCCUGACUAAUCCACCAACUACAAUUCGAAAGGAAUAUUACUUUUGAAGUAGUAAUCCCAAGAAAGAUGCAACAGAUGUCGUAAACAUGGCACUAUUGGACAAAUGAGGCAUCUGGCUGACAAGAACAGAAUUGUGUUUUGUUUUUUUUGUGUUUUUUUUUAGGUUUGUCCUUGUUAUGUCAUGUAUCAGCAACAAUGCUUCUUGUACUUCCACAAAUAUUUGUGCCUUAUGUGGUGGUAUGAUUACAAGUUUGCAAAAGUCUAGUACUUGCUAUUGUUUAGGAUUUUUACAUUUCAUAUCUAUUGUCCUCUAAUAUACUGGUAUAGAAACAAAAACAAAGUGGGAGAACUUCACAGCAUAUGUACUUGUUUUUUUUUAUUUAUAGUCUAUGUAAAUACACAAAUACAUGGCAUUUCUUAAUCAUUUUGGAAAUAAAUAAAACGUUUUUUUUCUAUAAUCUAA